GACAGGACAGACAGUCGACACGCUCGAGCGGCAAAGACUGUUGUGCGCGUGAAGUGUCUCUGCUGAAGCUGGACGGUCACGCGGAGGAUACUGCGGCUGUGUGUGCGUGUGUUUUUGGGGUAAAUACAGAUCAGACGUCGCGCUCCAAAAGCCUCUCUGCGGCGCGCAACAACAAGAGGAACACGGCUCGUGUCGGGACUGCGCUUGUUAGGUUUCCACGGCGAGCUCGCGGGGACUAAAUAAACGCGUCACUGACACUGGACGGCGUGAAAUGCGGUCAGUGUUGACUCCAGCGUGUCUUUCAGGAGGCAGAAUUGAUCUUGCGUGAAGCCAAACAGCAGCGUUGGUGCUGUGGAUAAACUGGCGCGACCGGCUGAGACGCCAAACAUUGUUGUCUCUUCACACUCCGCCGUUUUUCAAAUUCCAGAAGCGAAGACGAAGUCAGGCAACCUUUGACUGUGACGGCCGACACACGCUGACUUAUCGGACUGACUUUUCCAAAAGGCUUCACUGUGAGGAACAACGUGUUUAUGGAUUGCUGCGCAGCGAGGAACACCGGGAGUUGUAGGCUGCGCUCUGGUGCAUCGAUCAUGUUGAUACCUCGCUGUUGCUGUGAACUUUGAUAGAUGUUUACAGAGGACUCAGUAUAUAUUUCAUUUCAAUAAAUACGCUCAGAUAAACUCUGACUGACCUCUGGAGGAAGUGGGAAGCGCCUUUACGCCCUCCCUCGUGUGUGUUUUUUCUUCCAAGACGUCAGGACGGAUCUCUAUCACUCUCCUUCUGUGAUUUAAACAAAGACCAAAGUGUUUGGGGAUAGCAUGGCAAUGGUAGUAAACCAGUGGCCAGAGAGCAUUUCUGCAGAUCCCGGGUCGCAGCUCCAGAUAUGCGGCCAGGAGCCCGGCGGGGCACCGGGAACCCCCAACGGUUCCACCCCGGGAAACGACGCACUUUCCGGGGACAAGAUCCCCAACGUGGACUGCAUGGUGUGCGGGGACAAGUCCAGUGGGAAGCAUUACGGUCAGUUCACCUGCGAGGGAUGCAAAAGCUUCUUCAAGCGCUCGGUGAGGCGGAACCUGUCCUACACCUGCCGGGGGAACCGAGACUGCCCCAUCGACCAGCACCACCGGAACCAGUGUCAGUACUGCCGGCUGAAGAAGUGCCUCAAAGUCGGCAUGAGGAGAGAGGGUAAGGGGAUAGCUGUACAACGAGGACGUACAUCGAACUCCCAGAGCAGCCCGGGACAGUACCUAACCAACGGCACUGACCCGUACAACGGCCAGCCCUACCUGUCUGGCUUCAUUUCUCUGCUGCUGCGUGCCGAGCCCUACCCCACAUCCCGCUAUGGCGCCCAGUGCAUGCAGGGAAACAACCUGAUGGGCAUCGAGAACAUUUGCGAGCUGGCGGCGAGGCUGCUCUUCAGCGCUGUAGAGUGGGCCAAGAACAUCCCCUUCUUCCCUGAUCUGCAGCUCAUGGAUCAGGUGGCGCUGUUGCGUAUGUCAUGGAGCGAGCUCUUCGUCCUCAACGCUGCCCAGUGCUCCAUGCCGCUCCAUGUGGCCCCUCUGUUGGCAGCGGCAGGCCUGCACGCGUCGCCCAUGUCAGCAGAGCGUGUGGUGGCCUUCAUGGACCACAUCCGCGUCUUCCAGGAGCAGGUGGAGAAGCUGAAGGCCCUGCAGGUGGACACGGCUGAGUAUUCCUGCCUCAAGUCCAUCGUGCUCUUCACGUCCGAUGCUAUGGGGCUGUCAGACGUUGCCCACGUGGAGAGCAUUCAGGAGAAGUCCCAGUGCGCCCUGGAGGAGUAUGUAAGGAACCAAUACCCCAGCCAGCCCAAUCGCUUUGGACGUCUCCUCCUCCGCCUGCCCUCCCUGCGCAUCGUCUCCUCUCCGGUCAUUGAGCAGCUGUUCUUUGUUCGCCUGGUCGGGAAGACGCCCAUUGAGACACUGCUCCGUGACAUGCUGCUCUCAGGCUCCAGCUACAACUGGCCGUACAUGCCCGCUGUGCAGCGCGACCGGCCCAUCUCCCUCCACUACAACGAGAACGGGCCCUGAGGUGGAGAGAUGGACGAAGGAGAAGCUGCAGAAAAGGCUGAACGUCCAUCUGACCACUCAUCCAUCCAUCCAUCCAUCCAUCCAUCCAUCCUUCCCUUCAUUCUCUGCAUUCUGAGCUCCCUCACCAUUCCACUCAGAAAACCCCGACUGACGAUAUAAUCAGCUCCCAUCCAGGUUUCACAAGCCAGCCAAUCAUUCAAACAUGGCCACUGCAGAGACUUGGUGGGCCGCUGCAGUCCCUCAGCCGAUGGUGCAGUCUACAUGUGAGACGUGGCACAAGAUGGACACGUUGGUAGAACGGGUUAUUGCGCAGUUCACCAGCAGGUCUGUGGGACUCACUUCAGAUGUCAGUCUCAAACCCCCAUGGAAACAGGGGCAGCAAAAGACAAAACAUUCUGCGUUACUGUUGGUGCUACGCCUACAUUCACAGAGGCUGUGUAAAAGCAUCGCAGUAAUACUGAGCAAGGGCUUUGCCUAUGGAACUCUACAACCAAGAGCACAAGGCCCGUUGUACAUUUACCAGUUUUUGAAAAGAAAGCCAGAAGCCAUUAAAAAAAAAGAGAAAAAGACAAAUGCCAAAAUGUCUUGGACUUUUGCAGAGGACAUGUUUUAAUGUGUGUGUUUGUAUUAGCACUGUUUAUAUGGAGAGAAAAACUCAUGAUUGUGUCCAUAUGUACAGUAUAUUGUUGAUUCAUAGGCAUCUAUAGCAUAUUAGUGGGAAAAAGCUCAGGUUCAAAGGGUGGGUAGAAAGACAGACAUGCCAAUAUCAGUACAAGAGCAAAAAGACAAACCCAGUAAAAUUUACACUUAUCAGCAGCCUGUGCCAAAGCUGAAAAAAUGCAUAUUUGUUUGGAUAUUUUUGUGGUAAUGUUGGUGAUUUAAAAAAAAAAAAAAAAAAGUGUAAUGUUUGGUUUGUCUAUAAUUUGACUA